AUGUCUCAAACAUCUGGUUUCGUAAAGAAAUUGGCUGCCAAUGAUCGUAAAAUAAGAGAUGCUGCUUUUGAAUCGUUGAGGAAAUAUUUAUCGUCUCGUUCCUCUUCCAAAUUGACUUUGUUAGAAAUGGAGAAAUUAUGGAAAGGUUUAUACUAUUCAAUGUGGUUAUGCGACAGACCUAGACCACAAGAGAGAUUAGCUGAGAGCUUGGCACAAUUAUAUUCUGAAGUUAUUCCUGUAGCGGCUUUUAGUGAUUUUACGGAGGCAUUCUGGGUGAUUAUGAUAAGAGAAUGGCCAAAUGUCGAUCAGUGGAGAGUGGAUAAGUUUUACUUGCUUAUAAGAAGAAUAUUGAGACAUAAUUUUAAGCGUUUGAAGACUGAAAAAUGGUCCUCGAAGGCCGUCGAUUCAUUUUUAUCUGUUUAUGAAAAAUACCCAUUGAGCGGUGACAAGUCUGUAAGUGUUGCAUUGCCAUACCAUAUUUGUGAUAUUUAUCUUGAUGAAUUAGAAUUAGUGAUAUUUGAAGAAUUGAAGGACAAACAAGAAGCAUUGGACGAACAAGAAAAGAAAGAUAUGACAAAAUACCAAGAAUUAGUCAAACUGAAGAUAGACAUUGCUUCUGAAGUUCCUAUUCAAAAAUUAAUAACUCCAUUUCAAAAAUUAAGUAAGGAAUGCCCAUUGAAGACUUUGAGAGAAAAAUGUAAGGAGGAAGUCUUGAAUGAUGAGAGAUUAAAGGACUGGAAUAUAUUUGAAAGUGAAGAUACCGAUAGUGAAGAAGAUGACGAUGAAUGGGAAGGGUUCAAUUAG